CGUGGGGCAGUAGCCAGGUACUGGCCCUUGGUUGGUGGGUUUUGUUCUGCGGCUACUCUGGUGUUUCUUCCACCACCACCACCAAAUCCCGGCACGUCCUUAAAUGACCAUAGCUGUUACAUGUAAUAAGGCGUAGCAAACAAAUUUCAACAAAACCAAGCAUAUCCCCUUUCAGUAUGGCGAGCAUAUCUUUUUACUACAAUAACAAGUAUUCGCUUAGCGACAGUGGUUGUAAAAUAAAGCCUCGGGCUGAAAUAUAAUGUAUUUGUGUAUAUGGAUUUUAUGGCACGCAUAGGAAACGACAGUUGGCAAUCGUUUUAUAACCGACACGUUGUCUCGCAUAAUUACAUACAGCAGGUAGCUAUUGGUUAACGCAUGCGUUCUUUAUUUAACAUAAGAAUUCAAAGCUGGCAAGUGUUGCCAUCAGAGUGAACUAAAACUACCAGAUUCACGAUUUUUCUUGCUUUAAAGAUAGGACGCUGUCUAUAAGAUGCGCAGGCCGGUCGUACUUGUCUUAUGUGGAGGCGCCAUUUGCACCUUUUACUUGCUGUACAACCUUAAGCAUGACAACUCCGAUAGGAAUAGCCUGAUGCUGACCCCUCCUUUUGCCGUCCAAAGUAAUACACGUAACUACUUGUCCCAGCUUCCCAGGAAAACAUGUUCCAGCAAUCAAACAUACAUCGAUUUUGGGGCAAUACUGAACAAACUACAGACGGAACGGGUCGCGAAAUGUGUUGCCAAUUACGACAUCGAUGCUCCAAAAGGUUUACAAAAAGAUGGUAUUUAUAGACCGAUACGGUAUACUAGCCACGCUUAUUUAAACAGCAGCAGUUUCAUGAUUGAGGCCGGGGGUCAUCUAGGGCACGAUAUCAGUGAGUUUAACUCACGAUAUCAUCCAGGCCACUACGUCGUCCUGGAACCUGUUGGGAACUUUUUCAAUGUUUUACGGGAGAAAUUCAAGGAUUCACCGAACAUUGUUUUGUACAACUUUGGGGUCGAUGUGAAUGACGGUGUUUUCCAAGCUGGUCAAGGUAAUGACGGAACGUCGAUUUACAAAAAGGGAAAAGACGGUUUUGUACUUAAGAUCGUUGCAGUUUCAAAGCUCUUCGAGAAACUAAAGGUUGCUGAGAAGAAAGUUGACCUCGUAACAUUAAACUGUGAGGGAUGUGAAUACGCCUUUCUGGAUUUCUUACUGUCCACAGACUACAUUCAUCAGUUCCGUAACAUACAAUAUCAGUCUCACAGAGUACCUGAAAUUUGUUUUCCCGUGAAACGUUUCUGUUGGUACCAGGAACUUCUAGCUAAAACACACAAACUUGUGUUUCAACAUAAAUUUACUUGGGAAAGUUGGACACAAACAUAAAUCCUUUCCUGAAAAUCCAUUAAGAAAUGAAAGGUUUGAAAGACAAGACCAUUUGAUGUUAAACGAAAAACAAGGGUCGCGAGGGAAUAAAACAAUCCCCACUUAAAAGAUAUGCAUGUCUAGUGAGUUGAACUAAACUAGACCAAUUGAUCGCUACAUGAAAGCGUAUUGACAUUUACUUGGUUAUGCCAUUAUCUUUUUUUUAUAACUCUAGCAUUGUUUACAAAUUGUACAUUGUAGCACUCAGUCACGUUCCACACAAAUGAAUUGAGCUCCAUAACAUGUUAGCCUAAAAUAUGAACUGACUGAUACUUAAUAUACACUACAAGUAUUUUAUACCGUUAUUUUUUAAUACACAUAAAUUAGAUAUCAUUGUUUCUGAAUGACCUUAAACAGUUUUACACACACACACACACACACACGUGUAACAACCGAUAUCAACACUGGCAGCUUUCACUCUUUACAUGGCUCUUCGGGUUUAAUUCAAAAGGACAUAGGUAACAGAAUACAGCGAUUUCUGUUAAAGGACUUGGUGUUUCCGAAAAUAGAAUUAUGACGUGUCUCCAGACGAACAAACCGUCCCGAUUCCGUAGCUUUUUGGAGGGUUUUUUCAGAUUGCUUACAUUACUGUUUUGAAAAUAAUAAAACAAUUAUAGCCUUUAACUUCGGUCGAUACCUGGAUUUAUCGACCCGAGAAAAGAUAUAUUGACCGAUGACUGCAUAAAUCCAGGUAUCUACCUCAGCCAAAGCCUAUAAUUGAAUAGUAUUUGUGACUAACUUCUAGAUUGAUUGUAAACCUCUAUCGGUAUAUUUUUAAUGAUGACUGCAUUUCUUAUGUUAUGAAGUUUGAUGGUUAUAAUAUGGUAUAUCACAAUGGUAUUAGUUUUAAACUGUAAUGAUUUCACAAGAAAAGUAAAAGAAUAUCCAAAGGACCAAUAUUAAGUAGUACAUUUGCAAUAAAAAAAAAUGUUUUCAAUAUCAUAAAAUAUACAUUCACAGUGAUAUGCAUCUUCGCCAGCCAAGGGUUGAUCGUGGUAUUGGUAUUGUCUUCAUGUGAAGAGUAGGUAGAUCGUACCGGAUCAACCCUUGGCUGGCGAAGAUGAGUGAUAUGAGGAAUGAUAUGACUUUUUAUAGCUAUAUAUAUAUGAUAUAAAAUCAUUAUCAGGCACGCCCUAUUAGACAAGUUAACAUGGAACAGGAUCACUGCAUAACUGUUGGUUAAGACAAAAUAUUUAAUAUUCUUUUACUGUAAAUUAACUUCAGCAUAUAUUCAAACAAAAUAUACCAGAUCGAAAACAAAUAGACAAAACAUCGUCUUAAAUAAAAAUGUCACAG